AAAAUCCCACAAUCUUCUUUAACGCGUCGGUUCACUAGGAGGCUUCACGGAAAGAGCAGAACUCACAUUUACACACACGUACAGAUAGAUAGAUAUAUUUAGAAUUCCAGAAUGGAGCGAGUAUUUUGGACACUUUGGCUACUUUUCUCUGCGGUGAUUUCGUCCGGAUCCGCGCAGGAGUUCGGCGCAACGCAGUUCGUGUGCACGUCGGUGCCGAAAGACGCGGACCUUUGCGCGGCCACGAUGCAGAACAGCGCACCGGCGGAAGACCUGAAGAGCACCGUGCUGCAGCUCCGGGAGACCGUCCUGCAGCAGAAGGAGACCAUCAUGAGCCAGAAGGAGACCAUCCGAGAGCUGACGGGAAAGCUGAGCCGCUGCGAGGGCGCACAGGAGGACGGAGGAGCAGCGCAGAAAGCCGGGGGACGCAGGAAGGAACCGGGCAAGAACACCAUGGGGGACGUGUCCAGAACUUCUGGGGACACUCUGGCGCAGCUCGGGCUCACUUUAGCCACCCUCAAGCAGAGGCUGGAGAACCUGGAGCAGUACAGUCGGACAAACGGCUCGGUGCAGGCCAACAGUCUGAAGGAUUUACUGCAGAAUAAAAUCGAUGACAUGGAGAAGCAGGUUCUGUCCCGAGUCAACACACUGGAGGAGAGUAAAGGGGGAGCGAGUAACGACACGGAGCAGCGCAACCGCGUGGAGUCGACACUGAGCACGCUACACCACCGUGUCACUGACCUGGAGAAAGGUCCUAAAGGCACCAGACCAGUGGAUAAGUUCCAGCUCACGUUCCCGCUACGCACCAACUACAUGUACGCUAAAGUGAAGCGCAGUCUUCCGGAGAUGUACGCCUUCACACUGUGUCUGUGGAUCAAAUCCAACGCCUCUCCCGGAGUGGGAACGCCGUUCUCCUACGCUGUUCCGGGACAGUCCAACGAGCUUGUGCUCAUUGAGUGGGGAAACAAUCCCAUGGAAAUCCUCAUCAACGACAAGGUCGCAAAACUGCCCUUCCUGAUAAAUGACGGGAAAUGGCAUCACAUCUGCAUCACAUGGACGACGCGCGACGGCGUUUGGGAAGCGUUUCAGGACGGCGUUCUGCGUGGAACCGGAGAGAACCUGGCUCCGUAUCAUCCUAUCAAACCCAACGGAGUUCUGGUCCUGGGCCAGGAGCAGGACACGCUGGGCGGCGGGUUUGACGCCACGCAGGCGUUCGUAGGCGAGUUGGCGAAUUUCAACGUGUGGGACAAAAAGCUGUCGUCCGCUGAGAUCUACAAUCUGGCAACCUGCAACAGCAGAGCGCAAACGGGCAACGUCCUGUCCUGGUCGGAGUCCAACAUCGACGUGUUCGGCGGAGCCACCAAGUGGACUUUCGAGCAGUGUCGUCAGGUCAACUGAGAAACGUGCGGCGUGAAAAACCAGAAAUAAAAAAAAAAAAGAAAUAAUAACGAAAAACGGCGCCGAUCCGAGACGCGAUAUUUCUAAAGCUUCUGUCUUUACUUGUCUUCAAUUUUGACGUUGAUUUAAAAAAAAAAAAAAGAAAGAAAAAAAAAAAAACUGCACACAAUGAACUGAAUAAGAGCACAGAUUUCUAUGAAUUCUUACAUAUUUGUGUGCGAAAGAGAACAAAAAUUCUUCUUAGUCUCGUCCGGUCUUGAAACUUUUUCCUGUUGUACGUUUAAAAAAACCGCAAAACUGGCUUUUUUUUUUUUUUUUUUAAUUUUUUUUUUAAUUUAUUUAAUUUUUUUAACUUGGAUAUUUUUGCUUUUGUAUUUUCUUCUUCUCGAAUCGCACAUAUUUUAUUAUGACUUUUUUUUCUCUCUUUGUCUCGGAACGGAAGCUGGAAAGAUAAAGUGUCUUAAAGAAUGCGCUGAAAAGGAAAAAAAAAUUGUAAAAGAAAAAAAAUGGUCCUUCGGACGGAAAGUAUUUUACCUCGAGAUUGUGUCUCUGGAUUUUGCACUGUGACUACAGAAGUUUGUGGGUUCAAAUCCCAGAAACAACUCUGCUUUGGUUCUCGACUCUUCGGCUCUGCGCUCGGACCGGAUCGUCCAGGCUGAGCCAUGGACCAGGAGGUUGUGAGUGUGAAGGCUCAGCCAUGGACCAGGAGGUUGUGAGCGUGAAGGCUGAGCCACGGACCAUGAGGUUGUGAGUGUGAAGGCUCAGCCACAGACCAGGAGGUUGCGAGUGUGAAGGCUGAGCCACGGACCAGGAGGUUGUGAGUGUGAAUCCCGGACGUGUCAGAAAGCCACCUGUAUGUUCUAGCCCUGGAUGUUCAGAGCGUCUGGGUAAAUGUAUAAAGAGUAAAAGGAAUCUGCCGAGUUCAUGUUUGAUGGUUAUGUAAAUGUUUAGGAUCGAUCUUUUAUUUCUUCUCUCCAGUCUGUUCGGAUGUUUCUCUUUAGGAUGUCGUUCGAUUUUGCCAACACGAACACGCUUACGAGUGCCUUUGGGCUGGAGCACCGAUUCAGCAGCACACACACUUUUCAUUCAUUCAUUCAUUUAUUAAUUAAUUUAAUUUAUGUAUGUAUUUAUUUAUUUAUUUAUUUAUUAAAAAAAAUGGCUUUAAUUGUCGUGUUACAUUUACAGAUUGCAGGUUUAAACGUGUUACACAGAUUAUGGUGUGUGUGUGUGUGUGUGUGUGUGUGAUUAUUUGGGCAGGUGUUUGUACUCUGUAAUAGGAAUGUUAAUGCAUAGCCACAGCAUGAGCGAACAAACGCUGCGUCCACAGUUUGCUUAUUAUUUUCUCCCCUCUCUCCUAUGGUUCGGGUCGGGUUUUUCUACUGUAUUGUUAUACGCUAACAGCAUGGCACCAUCGAGAGAUCUAAUUUUUGUAAUAAAAUGCGAUAGAAAGAC